AUGUCAACAUAUAGGGGGACAUUUGAACACGACUCAUUUUUGGGAUGGCUGAACUUAUUGAAGAUCAGAAGAUUACAGUUUCUCUAUGAUGUUGGUGAAAGACCACCUUAUCCAGUAAUCAUUAGUAAGCCUACUGUUGGAGAUGUAUUGAAGAAUUUGAACAAGGCAGAUUUCGGUCUAUUUGCAACUGUGACAUUUUUGGGUUUCUUUGCUGCCAGAAAAGCCACUUUGGGAUUAACUACUACUGAAUUUGUUAGAUAGAGAGGAUUCUCGAUUGCUUGGAAUUCAAUUAUGAUGGCUGGUGCUUUGUUUGCUUGCAUGAAUAGUAACAAUAGACUUACUGGAUUUGUGGACAAUGGAUUACAAUGGAGAAGAAAGGAGCAAAGAUUAAACAAAUACGAUUUCACAUCUGAAUUCGAAGAAGGCACUAUUUGGAAAUUCUUCAGAUUAAGAUGACAUUAAAUCAUAUAUUCAAUGCAUAUAUUUUCAUUAUUAUUUUAUUGGUAUCAA